CGAAGUCAAAAAGUAUCAACAGCGCCGGACAGGCGGCAGCAGUCAUUCCAUCAUGACAUACCCUCUGCUGUCGACGCCAGACCUCGUGCAGGCCAUGCAAGGCAUAGGCCUGCAGAUCACGUCGGAUGCGAUCGAUCAGCCCUCGACGGCCAAAGUGAUCCCGCUCUAUGUCUGGUUCCUGAGCGAGAAGACUCAGCUCAAUCUCGAGGAUAUCAGCGUUGCAAGCCAGGCUCAGCUAGAUAUCAUGGAUGACCAGGAGAUAUUCAAGGAGGCAAUCUAUCAAGGCACACUCUUUGAGACGCUUGAUCAGAUCAUGAAGCUCGCCUGUAUCGAAGACUUUACCUUUCGCGACAUCAGGGAUCCUCGACCGACGCGCGUACGCAAGAUCCUGAGCGCCUUGAUCAAUUUCCAUCUCUUCGAAGCCGAGCAGCUCGACGUUCUGGCAGCGCUCGAAGAGCAAGCCGAGGAUGUUGUGCGGACCGAGCAAGAUCUCAUCAAGCGCAAAGCCGCCAUGCAAGCUGCUGCUGCACGCCGAGAAGCGGCACUGGACGAGCAGCGAGCCCAAGCAGCUGAGCUUGAGGCACUCAACAAUGAUCUGAAGAAGCAAUUGUACGAGAUACGCGUACAGGCGAAAGCCAAAGAGGGCGAACUCAGCGAGAACAAGAAACGACGCGACAAAACCCAAGAGGCACAGCAACGCGUCAUGCGGCUAGUCGCAGAGCAUCAAGCGGAAGCGACGAGACUCCGAACACGGAUCGUGCAGUCGCCAAAGCGAGUCAAGCGGACGCUCAAAGAUCUCACUGCCUCUCUUGCGCAAACGAAAGCACAAAUCACUGCUUACGAGCUCAAGAAGCGUGACCACCUUGGCCGCUGUGCCGCCCUCAAGCGCUACGAGGCUGACUUAUCGAGCGUCAUCAAGCUGGCAGAUGAGUGGGCUACAGAAGCAGAAGAGGCCGAAGAAGCUUCUCUUGCGCUGGAAGCUGUCAUGCAAGCCAAAGAACGCGGCGACGAACGCUCCAAAGAGCUCAAUCUGCGGCUCUCGCAAAUGCAGCGGCGGAUAGGCGGCACGAGAGAGCAGCUCGAACGUCAAGGCAAGAUUGCAGAAGACAACAGGAACAAGAUGCGCAAGCAAAUGGCAUCACUGCAGCAGACCUAUGAGGGGCUUCUCAAAGAUCGCCAGACUGCAGAUCUCGAGACUGCAUCUGUUCAGAAGGCCGUCAACGUCAAGGAGGCAGAGAUCAACGAGCUCGUUCGAUCAUCCAACGACGACACGAUGCAGAGUGAAGCCUUCUAUAGCGAAUUGAGGGAUGAGCUAUUUGCAUAUGGCGCCAGAUUACACAAAGCGCUUGACCAGAUAGGAGCCUACUGUGCCAAAUAGGUUGUGCCAAAUAGGUUAUUGUUGUAUGCAUGUACAUUUCAAGCUCGGUCUUACAACAUCGCUCCGUAGGUAUCGAGCGAGGGUCUUGCUAUUAAGUGUCAUCUGGAGACAUAUCAAAGGAGCUGUGCGACCAACAGUGAUGAAGUGUUAGGUGAGCGCAAAGCCGUCGAAAGAAGCUGAGCUGCUUGAGACGGAGGAGCACGAUGACCCUGAUUUCUGGCGAACGGGC